CAAAAAUGGAAUAUGCAUCCAUACAGUAGAAUGGCCAUGCCCAACAAAUAGCUAAUAAAGCCCAGUCCAACACAAACAACCACCCGUCCAAAGCAAAGAAAGAAGAAAAGAAAGUAGCGUGUGGGAGGAAGGAGCGCGAGAAGGAGAUCCUCGUCCCCUCCCGCCCCCGUACGUCUCCCCUCCAUCUUCCAUUCUUCCACAUAUCCCCACACAAUUGCCGUCUCGCUCCACAUUCCCUUCGCACCACCUUUCCCCUCUCUCUCUCCCUCUCUCUCCCUCUCUCACUCGCUCUUUCUCCGGGGCCGCCAUUCCUGCUCCGUCCACUCCCACCACAUGCGGCGGCGCGGGCGCCUCCCCGCGGCGCUGUGGCUCGUUGUCGUGACGUUGGCGGCGCUGGUGGCGCGACCUGCGUGUGCGGCGUGGUGCAUCGCGCGGAGCGAGGCCUCGGACAAGGCGCUGCAGUCGGCGCUGGACUAUGCGUGCGGCCCCGCGAGGGGUGCCGACUGCGCGCCCAUCCAGGCCAGCGGCCUCUGCUACCUGCCCAACACCCUCGCCGCGCAUGCCUCUUACGCCUUCAACUCCAUCUUCCAGCGCUCCCGCGCCGCGCCGGGGGCCUGCGACUUCGCCGGCACCGCCACCGUCACGGUCACGGACCCUAGUCAGUUAUGGAUCAUGCACCUACCCUUCAUCUCCAAGCACUGCCGGGCAAACAGGAUCACCUGGUUCAACGUCCAUGCCAGGGACUCCCACGUCCUUGUCGCCAAAAGGCACCGGGAGCACUGGAGGAUUAAAUCCACCUGACGUCGAUUCGACCGACUCCAAUGCUAAACCUCUGGCGACCACAUCCCUCCCAUCUCUUGCUCUGUCCUGUUUCAUGUAUAUUUUCUUGCAGUUGUGGUGAUGCAUGGAUGAUCUAGUUAGGUUCAGUAGAGCAUUGAGAUGCAGCAUUGUUGCAUCGUGAUCUAAGAGACACCACAACAGUUUUGUUUCAGGGAAUUGGUUGGUUGGUGGUAGCCGUUGUAACCUGCCGUUCAAGUGAAAGGCAAGAGUGCCCGUCAGUUGGAUUCUCUCAACACAUUAUGCUUCUUUUGGUCUAAAAAAAUCAUUAUGCUUCUUUUUUUCCCUA